UUGUUCACUUGAGUGUUAUUAUGUAAUUAUCCAGUUUUAGUUAUUAUUAAUUUUUGGACACCCCGCUUUCUGCACAGAAUGGUACAGUCCGUUAAACCUGCACAGGAAGAGGAUACGGGUCAGGAGGACAACGUCUCGGAAAUAUUAUGGUUAAUUUUUGACAUGUUUACGGCUAAUGUGUAUCAAGGUUUAGCGAUGUGUGGUUAGUUUGACGUUUUGCUAGCUCCCAGCCCUGUUUUGUUGUAAGACACCUCCCACAGUAUGAUGGAAAAUUAACCUGACAGCGGGGCGUGUUUACAUCGGCUAACUACAACACAGCCCCGAUGUAGCUGUGUGUUCGUCUGUACCUCAGCGGCAUCACAGAGGAGACAGCCAUCACUUCGACACUACUAUCAGCUUCCGCUAGUUCUCUCACCCAUCACACAUAAGUGGCUGUUCAAUGCCUAAUACAUCAGAAGGUCAGGCAGCGAACCUGUCUGGGCCUGCAGAACCAUCAGGGCUGCAAAGGACCACUGAUGGGGAGGAGGAACACGGUCUGAUCAGCUCCCUCACGCGGGACGCUGCCAGACUGAGGAGGGCUUCAAGCGCCGAGCUCCACCUGCCGUGGACCUGCCCGGUCACACACUCCCGAGAGAAGUUCUACACAGUCUGCUCUGACUAUGCUCUUCUCAACCAGGCUGCUUCGGUGUACUGUCCCCCAAACACAGCCAGGGAUGUGGUCCAGAACAAGCAGGAUGAUGGGCCCCCGCUGGUGAAGCCCAAACCCUCAGCUGACUUCAGCGCUGGUCAAACUGGAGGGGCCCAUGUGGGAUCAGACGGGGAUUGUGACAUGGAGGAAAUGUCCUCUGGCAACACUAAGCCUAUUUUGGCAUGGGAGAUUGAUACAGCAGACUUUGAUGCUGUGCUUACUAGAAAAAUAAAAACAAGCAAUGUGAAGAAAUGCAGCACCAAGAAGAUGAAGCCAUCGGACAGGCCCAGCCGAAAUCUGCAAGAUGUCCCUCCUCAUGCCUCGCUGGAGGAGAUCAAACAGAGAAAAGUGUUCGACCUCAGAAGAUGGUAUUGCAUCAGUCGGCCUCAGUACAAGACUUCAUGUGGAAUCUCUUCUUUGGUGUCCUGCUGGAACUUCUUAUACAGCACUCUGGGUGCAGGAAGUCUCCCACCCAUCUCUCAGGAGGAGGCUCUGCAUAUUCUGGGGUUUCAGCCGCCGUUUGAAGAAAUCAAGUUCGGCCCUUUCACUGGAAACGCUACUCUAAUGCGGUGGUUCAGACAAAUCAAUGAUCAUUUCCGAGUGCGAGGUUGCUCCUACAUUCUGUACAAACCACAUGGAAAACACAAGACAGCUGGAGAAACAGCUGAAGGAGCAUUGAUGAAACUGACACAAGGGCUAAAGGAUGAGUCUAUGGCCUACAUUUACCACUGCCAGAACCACUACUUCUGCCCAGUGGGCUUUGAAGCCACACCACUCAAAGCAGCCAAGGCUUACAGGGGCCCUCUACCCACAAAUGAAAUGGAACACUGGAUCCUAAUAGGGGAACCCAGUAGGAAACACCCAGCUAUCCACUGUAAAAGAUGGCUGGACAUUGUGACCGACCUCAACACUCAAAAUCCAGAAUACCUGGACAUUCGUCACACAGAGAGGGGGAUUCAACGCCGCAAAACCAAAAAGGUCGGUGGCAACCUGCACUGCAUCAUGGCCUUCCAGAGGGUGAACUGGCAGAAGCUCGGCCCCUGGGCUCUGAAUUUGGAGAACCUGCGCCACGACUUCCACCACUCCAGCACAGAGCGGGCCCACGGACGUGCCUCCGAGGAAACGGAGGAGAGGACGUCGUCCAAGCGCCUGGCCCACCUGGGACGCUCACACAGUAUGGGAAGUCAGAAAGACGCCACCUGGAAACGGCUGUCCAACACUACAGAGUACAGACAGAAGAGCUCCCCUGACAGCGAUCUCGAAGAGGACAUCACAGACUGAAAAGGUUCAUUGGGACACACAGGGGGAGGACAAAAUAACAGACAUUAUAACACAGUACUGUAGCCUUAAGAUACAUGUAAAUAAGUCUGGUGUUGUUCUGUAUUUUACCGUCACCAAAGAUCAAAACAAACAAUGUGUUAGCCUGUCUGUACUUUCUGUUGUGGUGUGUGUGUGUGUGUGUGUGUGUGUGUGUGUGUGUGUGUGUGUGUGUGUGUGUGUGUGUGUGUGUGUGUAUGUGUAUAAACUAUAGUGUACAUCUUCAUUAUAAUGAAGGAACGUGAUGCAUUUUUAAUAUAUUUGGACAGUAAUACAGCUCUGUGGCACAGAGGGAUAAGAUGUAUCAGGCUCUAGAUACACAUGCAAUACUUGUUAGGAUACAUUCAUUGUUGGUCGUAGUCUUUUCAUGGGGUUUGUUAAUAGCAGGAAAAAUACAGAAAAUCACCAGACUUCUCCUUUAAUAUCAGCGGAUAUGUCGGAUUUAGAUUCAACUCAACUGUCAUUUUGAGGCUGUAACGUAGUUUGCAGUGCUUUCAAUCAGUUAUUCUCUUGAAGAUAGUUUUGGCGAGGGUCUGUCUGCUGUUCCUCUUUGUCCUCAUGGUUUCUGAAACAUUUUCUUUUGCCACAUUUACGUCAUUUAGCAAUGACUGCGGCUGAUGCACCAGCAACUACUACAAAUCAGAGUUCCACAGGCAGCUACACAAGUGAGCCAUAUCAAAUGGAUUAUUAUUCAGCAGUGAGUGACAGCUUUAUUAGUGAUCUGACCAUUACAGCAUCAUACGACAUCUGGCAGGCACACGGAGGACAGUCGGUCACUCCCUGGGUUGCUUGAGCAUCAGUUUCAAACAUUUAAGUCUUAAAAGUCGUGACGAUAUUACAAACAGAGGAAUACUUCACUGAUGAAGAGGGACAGCGUCUUUACAGGACGUUUUCUCAACAAGACAUCAAGCUAUAGCUUCAAAAAUGAAGUUGAGUGAAGCGACACUUUAAAAGCUGAACGGCAACAUGGGCCUUAAAGGGCCACCGCACUGUCCAGUGUUUCUUUUAUUUUGUCCACC